GAAUAAAAUUUAAAGAAUUACAUUUCUGAAUGCUAAAAAGGAACCUGAUGUUUUGUAAAACCACUUUAAUGGAAACAGAACUUUUUCAUGCAUUUUGUUUGGAAGAUUUAAAAGUGAUGUUUCUCUGAGAUAACUUGAUAUUUUGAUUAAUUAUCCGCCUUUAUUUAAACUGAAGUCUUAGUUUUUCCUUCAUCUUGCCUCUGAGAACUGAUGGAGGGAUGUAGCAGUGAGAUGGCAGCCUUCUCCCAGAAUAUGCUGACAGUCAGUGUGUUACUGAGUGUCUUCUUACUGUCAGGAGUUCAAGCUGGAUGUAAAGAUAAGAACCCAAACCUCAACAUUACUGCACCAAAGAAGAUAGAAGCUCUGAGUGGAUCCUGUUUGUUAAUCCCAUGUAGCUUUAGAGAAAUACCAGAGAAACCAGAAGAAACGUUUGACAACAAGAAAGAAAUAUUUGGAAUUUGGAUUAAAAGUGAUCCAGCAUUUGAAAAGAAUCUGAAAAAUGUGAUUUACAACAGCAGUCUGUCUCAAAACAGCUAUGCAGUGAACAUUUCUGGAAACCUGAGAGAGAAGAACUGCACCAGUGUGUUUUCUAAUGUAAACUCAAAUCAAACAGACAAAUACUUCUUCAGGAUUGAGAACGGAUGGUUCAGAGCAACAGCUGAAUGUGAUCCUGUUAAUAUAACAGUUAGAGGAUCAGAAUCCAGAGUUAAAGAAAACAGUUUGUGA